UCCUCCUCCUCUCUUCCUCCUCGGCUGUCUGCUGUAUCCUUGCCUCCCCCCCCCACCCCUUGCCUCUCCUCCUGUGACACACCAGACGAUGCAUUGACUGAACGGAGGAAAAGAAGAAAACCUCUCCCAGCCAGCCGUCCUGCCUGCUGCAUGGAGAAGGAAAGGAGGAAGAGGAGUAGAAGGAGAUCUUUCUCUCUGAUGAAUGUACCUCAAUCUUUACGCUCUUCUACCUCUGACUGACUGGACCUCCCAGACCUCUGACCUCAUGGAUCUGAAACAUUUUGGAGUUUGCUGCAGCAUCCCUGACACCUAGACCCCUCGUUGUUUUCAGCCACUUACCAUACCGUCUGCCUCAGGCUAACAGCCCCCAUGAUGUCAGAGGGACUUCUGCAGGUGGAAAUUCCAGACUUUGGCAGCAGCGUGCUGGGAAGCCUGAAUGAGCAGCGGCUGCGUGGACAUUAUUGUGAUGUCUCCAUCCUGGUUCAGGGUCAGGCCUUCAAGGCCCACCGGGCCGUCUUGGCUGCCUCCUCGCUCUACUUCAGAGACCUGUUCAGCUCUGCGUCUGACUCUUCCUCAUCUUCCUCCUCCCAGGCUGUGUUUGAGUUGCCGUCCUCCGUGACACCAACAUGUUUCCAGCAGAUUCUGUCGUUCUGCUACACCGGGCGCCUCAGCAUGGCAGCCAGCGACCAGCUAGUGCUCAUGUACACCGCAGGCUACCUCCAAAUUCAAAACAUUGUGGAACGAGGCAUGGAGCUGAUGAUGAUGAAGGCCUCUUCCUCCUCUCCACUAUGCUGCGAUUCUCAGACAAACUCUGCUGAUGAGCUGGUGGAGUUUGACCCCUCAACCGUCCAGGACAGGCAGCAGAAUGGUGCCUCCCAGCUGCAGGAAGCUAGCCCGGAUCAGCCGUCCCUGAGUCCAGAAGAGCUGCUGCUGGUUGUCAGCAGGAUCAAGCAGGAAAGGGCGGACACUCCCCCAGCCGAGGAGAACGGAGGAGGAGGGGAGGAGUCUAGAGUGGACUUGGUUGGAGAGCUGCAGACUUCCAGGACCAGCGCUCUGUGCUUCCUGACUACAGGUGGAGGUUUGGUCCCUGGACUACAGUCCUACUUGUUGACAGGAGGGCGCUCUAGUCCAGGAGGGACCAGCCUCCCCACAGACUCCCCUCCCUCCCACCCCCCCACUGAGGAGGAGCUGGAGGAGGAAUAUAGUAACGCAGUCCACCCAGGACUGUACCAACACCUCUACGGUCACCAUGGAAACCCCUACAUUCAAGAGAAGCUGGAGCUUCUGCCCCUCCCAUUGGCUAACGAGCGACGCCCCUGCGUGCUGGUUGGUCGCGACAACAUGGCUCUGCCUGCCAGUCUGAUCAGUCAGAUUGGGUAUCGCUGCCACCCUUCGCUCUACACAGAGGGAGAUCCUGGAGAAAAGGUGGAGCUUGUGGCAGGUUCAGGUGUUUUCAUGACAAGAGGUCAGCUGAUGAACUGUCACCUGUGUGCCGGAGUCAAACACAAGGUGCUGCUCAGGAGGCUGCUGGCCACCUUCUUUGACAGAAACACUCUGGCCAAUAGCUGUGGAACAGGGAUCCGCUCCUCCACCAAUGAUCCGAGUCGAAAACCUCUGGACAACCGCGUGUUAAACACAGUCAAACUCUACUGUCAGAACUUUGCUCCAAACUUUAAGGAGAGUGAGAUGAACGUCAUAGCGGCCGACAUGUGCACCAAUGCCCGGAGAGUUCGUAAACGUUGGCUCCCAAAGAUCCAGUCUCUCCUUCCUGACGGCCUCCCCACCUCAUCUUCAUCACAUCCUCGCAAGGGUAAGAGAGGAGGUGGAGCAGGAGCAGGGAGCAUAGGAGGAGAGCGAGCUGGCGGAAGCCCUUUUGAGUUGGACCUAAGGCAUCUCAGCUCCUCCUACCUCGGACUGGAGGCGCCGCUGUUUGCUGAGCGGCAUGAGAGGGAGGCAGCAGGUGGGCAGGAGCAGGACAAGGAGGCCCCAUCUACUGUCCUGCCCCACCUGCAAUUUGCUAGCUCUCGUGGAGGGAGUGGGGGGCAGGGGGAGGAGCUGCUAAUGGGAGGUGAGGCAGACAGAGAAGGAACGCUACAGACGGAACAACCCUCAGACCCCUCCCUCUCCUUGUCCUCUUCCUCAUCCUCUGCUGCCUCCCCUUCACACCCCUCCCCUCAGCCUGCUGAGCUUGCUCCCCCUCACAGGGGAUUGGUUGACACAGACACAAGGGGGGCGGACCCUCUGGAAGACAGCCAGUGAGCCUUCAAUGCAUCUGCCUACCUAAAUGUAAAUAACAUAAUAGCUACCUGUUCUGUCCUGUCUGCCCUCCUACCUCACUUCCUGUCUGCCCUCCUACCUCACUUCCUGUCCUCCUUUUAACCCUCUAACCUCACUUCCUGUCUGUCUGCUUGGCUCUGCUGCAUGUCGACAGCUCCCUGCAGUCCAGCUCACAGGCCCAUAGCACCAGGACUGAUGAUGACGACUAUACUCACUCUGUUAAUGAUAAUAAAGCUUUUCGUUGAUCAGG